AUGAACCACUUCCACUUCCUCAGUGGCCCACGACUGAGUCGCAUUUUCAACAGCGGAAUACUUCAAGGACAGGAUGAACGCUGGUACGACAAAAUUUCCCAAAUCGAACAGCGCUCUGCCCAGAUUGAGUCCAAAAUCGAUUCGUUGCGCCAAGAUCACACGGCCUUAUCGAAGAAAUUCGAAAGGUCACAAGCCCUAUCUCCGAUCCCCCCUCCGGAUGUCCGAGAAGAGGGUUUGACAUUUGAAGAAGUAGCGCGCCUAAAUCGUGAUGUAGACCGUGUUUGCGUCGAUAUGGACCAUACCACCCAGGUCAUUGCAGAUCUCCGACAUCAACUCGGUGCCGGGCUAGUUGACGACAGGGUAGGGUUAGUCGACGACAAAGUAGGAUCAAUUGAGUCUCGUCUAGACGACAGCCAAGAAGAGAUGAACCAAUUCAUGGUAGAAAUGGAAGAUACUAUGGCUAAUCUUUGUCGCGAUGUUGAGAAGCUGCAACAUAAACAUUCGGAAGAAUUGCCGCUACAAGCCCCUGGUGCUUUUGAAUACGAUGUGACUCUCGUUCAAUCCCACCGGGAGGACAUUCAAGGAGAGCUGAAUAGUCGUCUGCUUGAGAUGCAAACCGCCCUUGCUGACAUUCGAAACGAUGUUGAGGUACUCAAACAUCAAGAUCCAAAGGAUUCAUGGCAUGAUGUCGGGUGCUUAGAGCAAAUCAAGGCUCUCCAAGACUCACAGGCCGCCACUAACCAGUGUUUAAUCGACUUUCGCACCACCGCGACGAAGCUCUUAACGGCCAGGCCUAGAAUCGAACAUCUCCGGUAUAGAGAGACGAUAAAAAAGGCCAUGUCUCGAAGAGAUGCCAAAAUCAAAGCCCUCGCUGGUUCUAUUGCCGAGCUGCAGUCACGCUUGGGUGAUGUUAACGAAAGCACUAAGCCUCCUUCGACUCCUUCCCCGCUUGGAGCGACCUCCACAGCCCCUGAUCAUGAGCCCCUGGCCAUGGCGUGCAUGACAAACUCUCAUCGCGUUCCACUCGUCGAAUUGUUUCUCAUCGCUGCCGUCAUGGGGAUGUUCUAUGCCCUUUACAUCUGGAAGUAUCAUGUUACACAGUUCAUGGGCUCUAUCGAGUGCGGGAAUCCUGCUGUGCGUAAAUCAAUGCAGGACGGGCGAGUUCGUGGCUCGUAUCGCCCUUCUGCUGGUUUAUUGUAA